UCUCGUGGAGGAGAUAGUCCAAAAAACAUCUACCAGCUGGCACCACUAUUCACAAGUGCAGAUCAUAGGCAACACCCGGACGGCGGAGAGGUUAAGUUAGGUUAGACGCCGCAGUAAUGUCUAUCCGCUUGUAUUUUCGUUUUUAUAAUUCGACGUCGUAAGUGGAGAGAAAUCGCAAGAAUCAAGUUUAAAUAACAGAAGUUAAAAAGUGUGUUUGUGCAACUCUUGUGCAACAUCGCGUAAUAAUGGAGGAGGUUACGAAGCUGGAGCACCUGUCUCUGGUGUCGAAAAUCUGCACGGAAUUGGAGAACCAUCUGGGAUUGAACGACAAGGACCUGGCCGAGUUUAUUAUACAUCUGGCGGAGAAGAACAGCACGUUUGCACCGUUCAAGAAGGUGCUGAUUGAGAACGGGGCCGAGUUCUCGGACUCCUUCAUAGCUAAUCUCCUCAGAAUAAUACAGCACAUGAAGCCUGCAAAAACGUCCACCGAGAAGCCGUCCAAGUCUACGAGCAAGCAGGACGAAUUGGCGCAAAAGUUUCCAGCGCUGGCGUUACCGAACGAGGAUGCACGUUCCGAGGCCAAUACCGCCAAGGACGAGGAUAUCGUUAACGACGUUAUGGCCUCCCUGGAGGCGUUCGCACCAUCUAAUAAGAAACAGUCCGCGAAUACCGAGGUAAGCAACGGUAAAAUUGACAGUGUUGAGAAAAAGAGCAAGCGAGGAAGGAAAAGCAGAAGCAGGUCGAGGGAGAGGAGACGACAUAGAUCCAGAUCGCCGAGAGAUCGAAGAGAGAGACGACACAGAUCUAGGACGCGUUCCAGAUCGCGGACGCGUCACAGAUCACACGACAGAACGCGCAGGAGACGUUCCAGGUCUCGGGAACGCAAGAGAUCGCCAUCUCGCGAUCGCAAAGACGCGAGACACUCGAGGAGACGCGACGCCGACAGAUCCAGAUCCAGAUCCGCCGAAGAGACGCUCUCCGCGGAGCCGGAGGUGGGUAAGAUUUACGCCGGUAAGGUCGCGAACAUCGUGCCGUUUGGUUGUUUCGUCCAGCUGGAAGGUUUAAGACGCCGCUGGGAGGGUCUAGUUCACAUAUCUCAAUUGAGGCGAGAAGGUCGAGUGGCGAACGCGAGCGACGUGGUCUCAAGAGGACAGAAGGUUCUCGUGAAGGUUCUUAGCGUCGGUGGACAGAAAGUAUCUCUGAGCAUGAAGGAUGUCGAUCAGGAAACCGGGAGGGAUUUAAAUCCCGUGGUGUCGAUCGCGAAAGCGGACGAGGACGAGAAACACUUGCGCAAUCCGGACAGGCCCACUUCCCUGCUGGAGCUUCAAGGUAACUACGACGAGGAUGAGACAUAUUCGAGGAAGCGCGUGCAACGCAUGUCGUCGCCGGAGAAGUGGGAGAUCAAGCAGAUGCUGGCCGCGUCGUGCAUUGAUAGAAGCGAGUUGCCGGAAUUCGACACGGAGACCGGGAUCCUGCCGCGGGAGGACGACGAGGAGGAGGACGUGGAGAUCGAGCUCGUCGAGGAGGAGCCGCCGUUUCUGCACGGUCACGGCAGAGCGCUGGGCGAUCUCAGCCCCGUGCGGAUAGUGAAGAACCCGGACGGUUCGCUGGCGCAGGCGGCGAUGAUGCAGAGCGCACUGGCGAAGGAGCGCAGGGAGCAGAAGAUGUUGCAGCGCGAGCAGGAGAUGGACUCGGUGCCCACCGGCCUGAAUAAAAAUUGGAUAGACCCGUUACCGGAAGCGGAGAGUCGCACACUGGCGGCAAACAUGCGUGGCAUCGGUCUGCAAACGCAGGAUUUGCCGGAGUGGAAGAAGCACGUGAUAGGUGGGAAGAAGUCAUCGUUCGGCAAGAAGACCAACCUGACGCUGUUGGAGCAGCGUCAGAGCUUGCCAAUCUACAAGCUGCGCGACGAUCUGGUGAAAGCCGUGACGGAUAAUCAGAUCUUGAUCGUGAUCGGGGAGACCGGCUCGGGAAAGACGACGCAGAUCACGCAGUAUCUAGCGGAGGCCGGUUUCACCGCGCGCGGCAAGAUCGGCUGCACGCAGCCGCGACGUGUCGCUACUAUGAGCGUCGCCAAGAGAGUGGCGGAGGAGUUUGGUUGCUGUCUAGGUCAGGAGGUGGGCUACACCAUCCGUUUCGAGGAUUGCACCGGCCCGGAGACCAGCAUAAAGUACAUGACGGACGGUAUGUUGCUGCGCGAAUGCCUGAUGGACCUCGAUCUGAAAACAUACUCGGUAAUCAUGCUGGACGAGGCGCACGAGCGCACGAUACACACGGACGUGCUGUUCGGCCUGCUGAAGCAGGCGGUCGGUCGUAGGCCCGAUCUCAAGUUGAUCGUCACCAGCGCUACCCUGGACGCGGUUAAGUUCUCGCAGUACUUCUUCGAGGCGCCGAUCUUCACCAUACCCGGGCGCACGUUCGAAGUCGAGGUGAUGUACACGAAGGAGCCGGAGACCGAUUACCUGGACGCCGCGCUGAUCACCGUCAUGCAGAUCCACCUGCGCGAACCACCAGGCGAUAUCCUGCUCUUCCUCACUGGUCAGGAGGAGAUCGACACCGCUUGUGAGAUCCUUUACGAGCGAAUGAAGUCACUGGGCCCGGAUGUACCGGAACUGAUUAUCCUUCCGGUCUACUCGGCCUUGCCCUCGGAGAUGCAGACUAGAAUAUUUGAGCCGGCGCCACCCGGCUCGCGCAAGGUCGUCAUCGCCACGAACAUCGCCGAGACCAGCCUGACGAUCGACGGUAUCUACUACGUCGUCGAUCCGGGUUUUGUCAAGCAGAAGGUCUACAAUUCCAAGACCGGCAUGGACAGUCUUAUAGUGACGCCGAUCAGCCAAGCGGCGGCGAAACAGAGGAGCGGACGAGCCGGCAGAACCGGGCCUGGAAAGUGUUAUCGACUCUACACCGAGCGGGCCUACAGAGACGAGAUGCUGCCCACGCCGGUCCCGGAGAUACAACGUACGAAUCUGGCCACCACCGUGCUGCAACUGAAGACUAUGGGCAUCAACGAUCUUCUGCAUUUCGAUUUUAUGGAUGCGCCGCCAGUGGAAUCGCUGAUCAUGGCGUUGGAGUCGUUGCACAGCUUGAGCGCUCUCGACAACGAGGGUCUGCUGACGCGUCUGGGCCGGCGAAUGGCGGAAUUUCCGUUGGAGCCAAAUCUAUCCAAGAUGCUGAUCAUGAGCGUGCACCUUCAGUGCUCCGAUGAGAUUUUGACUAUCGUCAGCAUGCUGUCCGUGCAGAAUGUUUUCUAUCGGCCGAAGGACAAGCAGGCCUUGGCCGAUCAAAAAAAGGCGAAAUUUAAUCAAGCCGAGGGUGAUCACCUGACCUUAUUGGCGGUCUAUAAUUCCUGGAAGAACAACAAGCUGAGUAACGCUUGGUGCUACGAGAACUUUGUGCAGAUAAGGACACUGAAGCGUGCUCAAGAUGUGCGUAAGCAACUGCUGGGCAUAAUGGACAGGCAUAAAUUGGACGUGGUAUCGGCCGGCAAGAACACAGUGCGCAUACAGAAGGCGGUGUGCUCGGGAUUCUUCAGAAACGCCGCGAAGAAAGACCCGCAGGAGGGAUACAGGACGCUGGUCGACAGCCAAGUGGUGUACAUUCAUCCGAGUAGCGCGUUGUUCAAUCGCCAACCGGAAUGGGUCAUCUAUCACGAAUUGGUGCAGACUACCAAGGAGUAUAUGAGAGAGGUGACGACAAUCGAUCCGAAGUGGCUGGUGGAGUUCGCACCCGCGUUCUUCAAGUUCAGCGAUCCGACCAAACUCAGCAAGUUCAAAAAGAAUCAAAGACUGGAGCCGCUCUACAACAAGUACGAGGAGCCGAACGCGUGGAGAAUAUCGCGGGUUCGCAGGCGACGUAAUUAAGGAAUACGCUUAUGAUCUAUGUAAAUAUCGUCCCGGUAUAGUAAUUCAAUGUGCGUAUUUUUCUGAAAUCCUUAAUAACAUAGAACAGACAAUUUUAACCCUUAAAAUAGUAUUUUCAUCAUUUUUAUGCAGCGACAACUUGCACCUAUAAAUGACAGGACUUUGUGGGACAAAGAACACUUUUAUUUUGCAAAUGUAAAAUGUAGAAUUCUUAAUUCAAGUAAAAAAAAAUACUUUAUUAGGAAGCAAGGAAUGAAGACAGUUUAUGAUAUCGCGAAGAUAUUGAAUUGAUUUUAUUAUGGUGUAACGAUGAAACUAGAGAAAUGUAAUGCGAUCAUUGAAUUAUGUACAAGAAUGCAGUUAUAAAGAGGAUUAUUUACAGGUCUUUAUGGUGUACAUACUUGUAAACAUUGUAAAUAUAUAAUCAUAUUCGUUCACGUCA